ACAAACUUAGCGGCAGUGCCUCGGUCUUCCUUUGCUCAUUUGACAAAAUGAGAACCUGUUAAAGCGUUCCAAGAUUUGUUUCCUGGUGCUGUUAUACUGAGCUAAUAGGUGUUGUGAUUUGAUUUCAAGUGUUUAGGUUUUCAAUAGUUAUUUAAGAACCAGAGUUCUAAAUUUUUAAGCAUGUUUCAGUUGAAUUCUAAGAAAGCCAGCCGCAGAGAAGGCCCCGGAGCGUACCACCUGGCUGUCUCUACAGGGUUCAUCGUCCUCACAUCUCUCAUCGCGUUCUGGUUGCGUAAACUCCUGGACAGAGUGUUUCCAGAGUCAACUCUCACUAAAGUCCUUCUGCUAGAGUUGAUAGCUGCCGGAGAACUAUGUGCUUGCUGCUACGAACUCAUCAUUGUGGCAGACAACUUUGGCGUCGGAAUGUACGCCAUCUUCUUGUUCCUGUUGACCAUCUGGUGGUCUAUGAACUGGGGAGAUGCCACGGCCUGUCCUUAUACCCAUCUGGAGGAGGUGGUGGAAGGCAACAUAAACGUCCUUAUUGCAGGAGCAAAGAUAUUCGCUGAGAUGGCCGGUGGACUCCUCAUCUUCAAAUAUAUCCAGUUUCUGUGGCAGUUGGAGGUUUCAUCAACACAUAAAGGAAGGGCUUUUGAAAGAUGUUCAGCUGAUCUUCAGGUAUCACCGAUAGCAGGCGCAAUAAUUGAGGGUAUUGCAACAUGCCUGUGUAGACUAGCCUCUAGAGCUAUUGGAGAAGUGGGGCCAAAGUACGCUGCCGCUUACGACUCAUUUGUAGGAACCUCGUUGGUUGUUGCUGCAUUUAACUACUCUGGAGGCUACUUCAACCCUGUGCUGGCGAGUGCUCUCAAGUUCGGCUGCAAAGGCCACACUCACUCCGAGCACGUGUUUGUCUACUGGAUUGGAGCUUGCACUGGAGCAAUCUUAUCCGUCUUCCUCUACCACAACUCUAGGAUACAGUCUAUUAUAAACAAAUUUAAAGUUAAAACCGACUGAGACUCAAAAAUUCCAUUUUUUAUACUUACAUUUUCUUAUCUCUCCCAACAUGCUUUCUACCAAGGUUAAUGUGAUUACUUGACUUGUUAAACAAUAAGCUCAAUCAUCUGUUGGAUUGUUUUAACAUUUGUAUGCUACUGAAUAAUUUAUGUUACAGAAUUUUAACUUUUUACAUAUUUGAGUUAACCUACUUAUAUUUUAUACAUACUGUACAUACUUCAGUAGUACUACAAUCACAAAUGAAAUAAGAGUGCUCUUUUAAUAAUUUAUUUAGUAGGCUAUUUAAGAUUCUUGUAAAUAUAAGAGUCAAAGAUAGAAGUGAAAUUACAAACUUUUAACAAUGAUUCAAUUAUUUUAACUUAGUCAGAUAAAAAAUACCAUCUGCUUAAACAUCUAGUCCUUCCGUAAACAAUAUUUUACAUUUCUUAAGUAAGUAUUAAUUAUUAAUAUUCAUAGUUAAAAUUACUUACUGUUAAGGUGUACAAGUACAAGUUAUUACAAGUACCUUAUACUGUUUUCACAAAAUUAAUCUUUAUAAAACUUUUUUGAUUGGUUACUGUGUUGUACACAUUGUCCUAAUAUUCCUCCUUCCUACUCUUCAACAUGUGAGAUUAAAACUGAUUAAUUUAAUGUUGUUUAAACGUUAACAUUUGCCUCCUUAUUAGACAAUCUUGAAUCUACUCACAAGAAAACACUGAAUACAAAAAUUAAAUGACAAUAAAACAUCAAGUAAAACUUUGUGGUGAUAUUCUAAGUACUGUA